CGCAGCCAGCGAGGCACCGGGACGCGCAUCCCUCCCGCCGCCACAGGAGGAGGAGGAGGAUGAAGAUGAGGAUGAGCGGGGCGCUGCGGGGAGCGGCUCCGGCUGCAGUGAGAAGGACAUGGUGGCUGUGAGUGGAAUGUAGUGUUGAAGAGAGAUUUCCACGCAGGAGCGAGCUCACAGUGUCUCUGUCUGUGUGUAAACUCGGUGUUUGCUACAUCCCCCCCAUCACAACUGCGCUGCUGCCUGCAGCUGGGUGGUUCUGCUCCAACUCUGGGUGCUUUACAGAGAUGCUCUGUUGAUGACAUUUACUCUGGAGAGUAAGAAAACCUGAAGAAAUCUGAAGUUUGAGGUGGAAAACAACAUGAAAAGAGAGGACACGAGCACUGGACCUGGUCACAGAGGUUUGUUGUCUUUGCCUGUCCUCCUCUUGGAGGAGAUCAGGGAAAGAAGGGACAACUGAGAGAGAAGAUUGGAUGAAGCUCAUCCCUGCCCUGCCAACACUGUGCAUUUGUGGUGCCUGGGAGACUGAGGGGAAAAUGAGAAAUUAGGAAAUGAGGACCUAAAAAAAACAAAUCCUACUACAAGCAAGCCUGAAAUUAAUGUGGUCAGUAAGAAGGGAUGGAAAUGAUUCCUGCAGUUUGCACCAGGGACAUUAUGGGCUCUGCAGCUGGGACAGCGAGACAUCCACGGAAUCAAAGAACCUGUGUGUGCCAUCGUCAUGAAUGAGAGAAGAAAGUAAUACAGUAUUGGAGGUGCCUGUUUGCUGCCACUGUUUAGAGGGAAAUUGAUGCAUUAUGGGCACUCACUCGAAAGGAGUGAAUGAGAUGAACUGUUUGGGUUAUAGUAUCUGAAAGGCUAAAUUAUUCUCUUGGAGAGACAUUCUAAAUGAGCCUGACCGAGAUCCUGGAUCUGUGUGAAGAGGACUAAGGAUAUAGGAUGUCAACUGAGACAGAACUUCAAGUGGCUGUUAAAACCAGCACAAAGAAGGACUCCAAAAAGAAAGGUCAGGAUCGCAGCGAAGCCACUUUGAUAAAGAGGUUCAAAGGUGACGGUGUCCGGUACAAGGCCAAGCUGAUUGGGAUAGACGAGGUUUCUGCUGCCCGAGGGGACAAGUUAUGCCAGGACUCCAUGAUGAAGCUCAAGGGAAUUGUUGCUGCGGCUCGGUCGAAAGGAGAGCAUAAACAAAAAGUCUUCUUAACAGUUUCCUUUGGGGGAAUCAAAAUCUUUGAUGAAAAGACAGGGCUACUCCAGCAUCACCACGCAGUUCAUGAAAUUUCCUACAUUGCAAAGGAUAUCACGGACCACCGAGCGUUCGGAUAUGUGUGUGGAAAGGAGGGAAAUCACAGAUUUGUGGCAAUAAAAACAGCCCAGGCAGCUGAACCUGUAAUCCUGGACUUGCGAGACCUGUUUCAGCUCAUCUACGAACUGAAACAAAGGGAAGAAAUGGAAAAAAAGGCACAAAAGGACAAACAGUGUGAGCAGGCUGUAUACCAGACAAUUUUGGAAGAAGAUGUAGAAGAUCCUGUAUACCAGUACAUUGUGUUUGAGGCUGGACACGAGCCCAUCCGUGAGCCUGAAACGGAGGAAAACAUUUAUCAGGUUCCUACCAGCCAAAAGAAGGAAGGUGUUUAUGAUGUGCCAAAAAGUCAACCUGUAAGUCUGGAGAAUGGAAACUUAUUGCUGGACAUUGAUGAAAAUCUUGUUUCAGUCACUCAGGCUGUUACCCAACUAGAGCUUUUUGGGGACAUGUCCACUCCUCCUGAUGUAACCUCUCCCCCAACUCCUGCUACUCCAGGUGAUGCCUUUAUCCCAUCUUCAUCCCAGUCACUCCCUGCUAGUACAGACAUGUUUGGUUCUGUACCUUUCAGCACUGCUGCCGUACCCUCAGGUUAUGUUGCCAUGGGAGCUGUCCUGCCCUCCUUCUGGGGACAGCAACCACUUGUUCAACAGCAGUUGGCCAUGGGUGCCCAGCCUCCAGUCGCUCAGGUGAUGCAGGGAGGACAGCCCAUCGCGUGGGGCCAGCCCGGGAUCUUUCCUCCCACCCAGCAGCCGUGGCCAUCCGUGGCUGGCCAGUUCCAGCCAACUGCCUUCAUGCCAACACAAACUGUUUUGCCUUUACAAGCAGCCAUGUUUCAAGGUACCAUUGCUCCUAUAGCCACCGUCCCGCCCACGAGCGAUUCCAACAGAUCGAGCCCGCAGACAGACAGGCCCAGACAGAAAAUGGGAAAAGAAAUGUUCAAAGAUUUCCAGAUGGCUCAGCCUCCACCAGUGCCAUCGAGAAAACCAGAUCAGCCUUCCCUCAGUUGUACCUCAGAGGCCUUCUCAAGUUACUUUAACAAAGUUGGGAUGGCACAGGAAGCAGAUGAUUGUGAUGACUUUGACAUCUCUCAGUUAAAUUUGACUCCUGUGACUUCCACGACACCAUCUACAAAUUCACCUCCAACCCCUGCACCCAGACAGAGUUCUCCAUCAAAAUCAUCAGCAUCUCAUACGAGUGACCCUGCUGCAGACGACCUCUUUGAAGAGGGGUUUGAAAGCCCGAGCAAAAGUGAGGAGCCAGAGGCUCCUGAUGGGUCUCAGGCCUCCUCCAACAGUGAUCCCUUUGGUGAGCCAACUGGUGAUACUAUAAGUCCACAGGUCGGUAGCUAGAUAGCACAGGUUGGGGAAGCAGAACCUCUCUACGCGCAGAUUAACAGACCUAAGAAAUAGCAUUGUUACAGGCUUGUGGUGCUCCAAGACUCAAACGAAACCCAACAACCUGGCGGGCCUUUGGCUUUCAUGCUUUUUUCCGAUUGAUUUUGUCUGACAAAGGAGAGAGAUUGCCCUCCUGGACUGGCUCUACGAGUGUUCCUGAUGUGUUUUUUUGGCAACCAAUGGCAGAUUCCUAUGGCAGCACAAAACAAAAACUCUCCCCGCUUCUCACACCACGAGUGCAGCCCUGUCCCCACAAGUGGUGGGUAUCCAGACUAGGAAAUCUUACUCCUCGGUCUUCUUUUAAACAUUUGUCACCUUCUGUGUGCCACCUAUAAAUAAUGAGCAUCUGAACGAAAUUUAUUGGGUGUUAGACAUUGCUUUUUUUUUUUCCUUUUCAGCAAAAAGCAGAGUCUUGUAUGUAGCAGUGGCAUUAUCAUUCAGCAGCCUUUGGGGCACAAGUCGGCACUUUCUAUGUCACGGUGACAUGAUUUUCAUUGUCAUUUACAUCAGGCUGAUCCUGGCCCUUUUUUUUCCCCUAUGUAGACAUUUUUAAACAACAACAACAAAAUACUGGCAAUGUCAUUUUUUUUUUCUUUUUUUUCUUUCUUUUUUUCUCUUUUCUUUUUGUUUUUAAUUUGUAUUUUUUACUCUGUAGUUUUGUAUGAGUGACAGAUCUAACAGCAAAACGCCUCCUGUGGAAAUGAUUCCCGACUUGAAACCACAGAACAGAACUCGGUUCUUUAUCCAUCCUUGACUGAAAAUGUUGCCAAAUGGACCUUUAAGUUCUAGCACAUCAUGAGGAAGAAAUGCUGCUUUCUGUUGGAAUACUCAUGUUGUGGGUAGAGAAAGGACAUUGAGUCCCACUGAGGAAAGACAAAAGAGUCAGUAUUUCCUAGGAAACUCUAAACAAAGUGCAGAAAAGGAAUAUUUUUAUUUCUUCAGUAUCUUGCUGCUGUAAUGCUAUGCAGACAAGUGUUUUCUUCUCUGUGUGCCAUUUUUGAUGAAAAAAAAAAAAUCAUUUGCCAAAUAAUACUGGUAUGCUUCUGGUUAGGAGUUUGGAUGAAGCGGACUUGACAAAUGGGACAAGGACGGCAUGGAUUUUGGAAUAACAAACUGACUCUGUGAUCAAAAUUGUUCAUCUUUAUCACUUUUUGUACAUCAGAAAAAAAAUCAAAUCGGAUUUUUAUUUUAUAACUUGAAAAAAAAUCUUACUGUUAAACUCUUUAAAUGUUUAAGGGGAAAUGGCUUUAAGGAGUUCGAAUGAAAAUUGCCAUUCUUUUUUUUGUAAAUAUAAAUGUUAUGAAAAUUCUUUUACUAAUGCCAUUACACAGUAGAGAAGGUAGCAAGUUGCAGUGCUUGGGGGGUGUGGCAAACCCAGUUUGUGGUUCUCACAUCACACACGUUUUUUCACAUGCUUAACAAUAAUGGGCUGAAGCUCAAGUGCAUUUGCCAAAAGCAGUCAGCUUGUCAGCAACUAGUGAAAUUAAUGGGAACACAUGAUUUUAUGGUCUAGCGUUAUCACACAGACAUAAUUCCACUUACAAGAGAUCACUUUCCAUUGACAUUCCUUUGAACCUCUGCAUAGAAGUCAUCCAACUGUUUACACGCAGAACAAAAAGAAUUUAAAACUUCCUUUUUUUACAUUUAUGAAGCAAAAAGUGCAGUGUUUGGGUUCAUAUGUUUAGCACAUGAUUUUCAUAAAGAAUCUAUAUAUUUUUGCCCUACAGAGAGUUGUUAUACAGGUCAAAUGUGUUUUCCUGAUACUCCUAUGCAGUUACAGUAUAUUGAAUUUAGUGGUUUAACACUAAAAAGAAAAAAAAAAAAAGAAGAAAAAAAAGAAAAAUAGAAAAAGGAAAAAGGGUUAAAGAAAUCAAAGGAUUAAUCAGUUUUUAGGGUUAUUGUGCAGAUUUUGUUUUUAAAUUGACACAUUAGGAUUUACAUUUUUGUCAUGAUUGAAAUAGGCUUGGAGUUAUAGAAGUUUUACUUUCUUUCAUCUCUGUUAUAAGCUAAAAAUGGUUUAGAAUGCAGAAUAACUGCAGUGGUGAUUGUUGGUAUGUGCAACCAAAUCUCACAACACAAUCCCAUUCUUUUAUUUUGAAUUAGAUAAAUUAGAGAAAUGUGCAUUGCAGAAUGUAUGUGAAUGAGAAAUUAGCUGUGAAUAGACCUAUGAACCUGCAAAGAGGAGAAUCUUAUCCCCAUCCACGGUCAUUUGAUGCUUGUUCCUUAGUCAUGUGCAAACAGCUUCGUAGCAAAUCGUAUUUUCCCAUUGGGAGAUCAAGUUCUCCAACUGGAGGAGAUAAUUUGGAACUUGGUGGAUUGAGUGUUUCAGGAUUAAAAGCAGAGGUUAAAGCGUUUCUGGAGGACAUUUCUGUCAGAAUAUUUUCCUGAUUUGCACAGUGGUGCUACUUUCUUCCUCAGCAGCUUUUUUUUUUGGGGGGGGCGGGUUUUGUCCAGCACGUGGAACCACAAACCCAGUUUUGGUUCAUCACAGACAUUGGAGGUUUAGCGUCAUCAGCACAUUUCCAGUUAUGGGGUGAAACACUGAGAAAAGAAGAGGAUGAUAUCUCAGAGGAUCACAUUUGUAGGAAGCAGAUCACUCACGAAUAGGUGCCGAGGGAAUGAGGCUGGAAUUCUGGUGUCUCCCCCGGGAGACAGCUGGGCCAUCACCACGGACCUUUGUCUUACCUUUGCCAACGCUGAUGAAUAGAAGCAGAUUCUGGAUUGUCUCGUCAUACAGUCGUCCUUGUCGUGGCUGGUUUGCUGAGCUGACAGGGCUGCAGGGCCUCUGCGCUGUACCAGUAUUGUAGAUAACUCAAAUAUCCAGCUUGUGCAAUUGUUUAAUCCCUCAUCCUUUCACUAGCACUUAAAUGCGUCACUUUAAAUUUACAAACCAGGGAACCCCACCAGCCAUCCUGUUACCAUCCCCCCCCAUAGGUUCUUGAUCUUUGCCUGUCAUGAAAAGAUAUUUUGAUAGAUCGUAGUCAUCCAAGUGUCUGAUGAAACCUUUCAUCUCAAUAAUGUACUGGGCACCUUCUUUGCAAAAAUGUUUACUCCGUGGUUUUCAUUCAUUUUAUUUCUGCAUUCUGACACUUAUUUUUUUAAUAAAGAUGAGAAAGAUAAAAUGACUGUUGCAGUACAUUUCUAAACCUACUUUAACUUUACCUCAGAUAAUGACCAUUUGUUAACAUUUGCAGACACAUUAUUUUUAACUUUAUGUGUAACGCAUUCAGCAACAACAACAGAAACCAACAAAUUUUUUAGAGAUUUUCCAUUAAUUUCUGUAACACACCAUGUAAUACUGUUAUGAAUAAAAACAUCUGAAAAAAAGGUGUCAUUUCAGUAAGUUUUGUUUCAUAGCUUGUGCUCUUCUGGGAUAAUUCUGCCAGGCUUAAAGUGCAGUGUUGGUGUCUGGCAUGGGUGCUAUUUGUGGCAGUGGAAAUACCUGGGAAAGGAGAAAAUCCUCAGUUUGGCGAAUGUCUGAUCUUUAACAUUAGGUGUUGUUUAUCUUGCAAAUGCAUAACUUGCUGAUUUUAAGUGCUUGCCUCCACUAUUUUGGCUUCUUUUUGGGUGUUUUAGGACGAGCAUGCCAAAGCAGCAGGUAAUUGUACCAUCUCCUGCAAUCUCCCACGUUCCUGGGACAGCCCAUGCUGUGUGAUGCU